AUGGGCAGCUCUUCAUCAUCAUCCUAUCCAUCAAAUAAAACUGAUUUGCGAUCUAGAUCCACAGCGAUAGAUGAUAAUAUUGCUGUUAACAAUUCAAGCACAAAUUAUGAUGUAGAAAACAAUUGUCCUCACGGAAACCGAUGUGCCAUAUUUCAACGCUUGUCAGAUAAAGGAUAUGACAAAAAUGAUAUUGAUCAUUGCUCGAAAUAUUUUCAUCCAGGACGAAGAGGUGGAACUACCAUUGCUGAAAAUUUCGGAUCAAAAAAAUUCAUUACGGCUUAUCAAAAUUGGGGUGUUGAUUUGCCAAAAGGAGUUGGUCUAUGGAAUGGUGUAGUUAAAGAGGGUGAUCUUAUACGAGAAUUGGAACAGAAUGGUUUUGGUGCCGUUAUGGUUGUCUCGAGUAAACCUUCCAAGACUUUAGAUCAUGUAGCACAAAAAAAAUUAAAUGAUCCAAGACAUAAGGAAAUGGGAUCGCCUUUAUCUCAUGAUCAAAUGCUAGCAAUUAUUUUAUAUACAGAUUCAGAUGUGUACAAAGAUUUACGACACCAUGAAAUGUGCUAUUCACAACAAGAUUUUGCAAACACGAAACCAUGUGAUCUAAUGCAGAAAAAGUGGCCAAUCUUGGGUUGUCUAUUGAAUUCAGCCAUUUGGGUUCUUGAUCAACAUGAUAAACGGCCUCGUCCAAAGGUCGUUUACCAUGGACUAUGUGGUAUCGAAGUUGAUCCAUUGGUAUUUAAUAAUCACAAUGCAACUAAACGAAACUCUGCAACCACUGGACCAGUGUUUAGAUAUGGAACAUUUAUUAGUACUUCGUGGAACAAAGAAGUUGCACUUGAGUUUAUGAACAAAAAAGGUUCUUUGUUAGAGAUCAGUUUGGAAGAGGAACACAUGGAUGCACUUGUCGGUGCUGAUGUAUCAUGGAUUUCGAAGUAUCAAACAGAAUACGAAUUUUUAAUCGCUAGAGGUGCAACAUUCGUGAUUCAAUCUAUGCCUUCCAAUAAACAAGAUCCUUGUCAAAUUGUGAAAAUUAAGCAAGGACCUGUAUCACAUAACCGCACUAAAUUUCGUCGUUUAUAUAGUUGA